AUGGAAGAUAUGAUCAAUCUAAAUGAAACCUCAGGGAAUCAGGUGACUGAAUUUAUUCUCUUGGGCAUUACAAACAGUCCUGAGCUCCAGGGCCCCCUCUUUCUUUUGUUUUUUCUCAAUUACAUGGCCACAGUUGUGGGGAACCUGGGCCUGAUCAUCCUAAUGAGCAUUGAUUCCCAUCUUCAAACACCCAUGUACUUUUUCCUGAAGCAUCUGGCAUUUGUUGAUUUUGGUUAUUCCACAGCUAUUGGGCCAAAAAUGCUAGUUGGAUUCAUGGAAGAGAAAAAUGUCAUUUCUAAUAAUGAAUGUGCAACACAGCUAUUUUUCUUUCAGGUAUUUAUUACCAGUGAAGUUUUUAUCCUUUCAGCCAUGGCCUAUGACCGCUAUGUGGCUAUCUGUAAGCCCCUCCUCUACAUGGUCAUGAUGUCAGAUCUGGUAUGUUGGCUCUUGGUGGCUAUCUCAUACCUCUAUAGCAUCAUGGUAUCCCUAUUGGUCACAAUAAAGGUUUUUACAUCAUCUUUCUGUAAAUCAAAUGUAAUAAGACACUUCUACUGUGAGAGUCUCCCCCUACUGUCCAUUACAUGUUCAGACACAAGUGAGGUUGAACUGAUAAUUAUGACCCUUUCUGUAUUUGUUUUGGUUUCUUCCCUCUUUAUUAUCCUUGUCUCCUACAUGUUCAUUCUUGUGUCUAUCCUCAGGAUGAACUCUUCUGAGGGCAAGCACAAAGCCUUCUCCACCUGUGGCUCUCAUCUCACAGGGGUGGUUAUAUUCUAUGGGACACUUCUCUUCAUGUACCUGCAGCCCCAGUCUAACCAUUCCUUUGACACAGACAAGAUGGCCUCUGUGUUUUACACUCUGGUCAUCCCUAUGCUCAACUCUUUGAUCUACAGUUUGAGGAACAAAGAGGUGAAAGGUGCCUUGAGGAGGCUCUUUAAAAAAUCGUGGAGCUGUUUGGCCUCUGGGGUGGCCUGCAGAGCAGGGCAGAGAGGGAAGGUGGUGGGGUGCCUUGGGGACCAGACUAGGCCUCAGAACCUGUUGGUUUAUGCUGAGGGGCCGCGGGGCCAGAGCAGAGCGAAGCAGUGGGGGCUGAGCUGCGCUGGGCCUGGGAGGCUGCCUGGCUGCCAUAGUGGCUGA